GGCAGAAGCUCCGAAGUAACACGUUCGGCUAGAGCACUAUUAAAAUACUAGGGGCUCACAACAAGAAUGCAAGCGAAAGCUUGUUUAUGGCACUCCCACAAGUUCGACGUUGACCAGCGUUGACCUGGAAUCCUUCCCUACACCACGUCACCCCUUGGAACGAUUUUCCGCCUUUCGUUUUGAUCAUUCUUGCUGUACCAGUUCAAGGCUUGCAAGCCGCCGGUGAUGUCGGGCGCCCUCGCAGAACUUGCUCACAAAAUAGCCUAUAUCUGCAUGUACGUUCUAAUGAAAAUACGUGUUUCCUUAGGGCUGAUGGUCGUGGAAUUCGCUUGGUUGCUCCGAGACGAAUUCAAAUUCAUUUGGCCGGACGUCCGCUUCCGCAACCCAUACGCGCUGGUAUACAUUCUAACAAGGUAUCUAGGUCUGGCUGGACAAGGCUUUAACGUGUAUUUCAGCCUGCGGAUUGCUUCUGGUGUCGCCACCUCCCCCGCCCUUUGCAAGAUGUGGUUCAGAUAUCAAGCCAUGACCAUUCAAGUACUUCUAGUUGCCAUGGAAUGUGCAUUGAUGCAUCGAAUUUAUGCUUUAUUCCUCAAGAAUCGUUGGAUAUUGGCUAUUUUAAUCAUAUUGGGCGCCUCUCAGUUGGCGUCCAUGCUCGUUAGUGCACGGUUAGCAAUACCCCAAGUACCACACUCAAAUACCUGUUACGUCCUUAAGCCUCACGCUUCAACGAUAUACUUUGGUGCUACGAGUAUGGCGACGAAUCUAGCUAUUCUUUUCAUGAUUUCCUGGAGGUAUCUGCGUCUACCUGUCACGUGGACGCAUACCCCCCUCGGACAUAUCCUGCUACGUGACUCUACUCUGUCUCUUGUCGCCAUCUUAGUUUUGCUUUUUAUCAUGAUAAUUUUAAACUCUGGCGUGCUGCAGACACCCAUGAGUGGCAACAUCCUGUACUAUUGGUUUUUUUGUACCAUAUGGAUAUCGCUUGGAAGGCUAAUUGUCAAUCACUCCAAGGUUGUCCAAGCAGGCAGCGAAGAAAACUUGUUGACUCAGGUAGAAGUUGGCCAGACGAGCACAUAUGCGUCAACCGAGUCAAGCACUACUGGGCAUAGGCGUACGACAGGCAGCCAUGCUAUCGACCUUACUGGGGCAUUUCAUGCUACCGACGCAGCUGAGAAGCAACCCUCGAGCCUGCAAAGUGCGCUGGCGCCUUGUAUGGUUGGAUCAAAAGUAGAGUCGCUUCAAGUGGGGACCAAGGAGAAACAGAUUUCUAUAUCUUUGACAUGCGAGGAGUCACCGCACGUCGAAACCAAGGAGAAUUGAAUACCCAUGUCCCCGGUAGAUGAGGUAAAACAUGGAUGCUCAUGUACAUAGUUGUCUAUGACUAACCCACAUUGAUGGGCAACACUGAGGCACAAUACUUGGAAG